CAUUGUAUCGAUCGUAUCGCGCGUCGCUUUUUUCUAAUACAACAACAAUAUAUAAGAACAGCCAUCAGCCACAAGAAAAAAAAUCAUUUCUUUUCCUUCCAUUAUUAUUAUUUUUUCGUUGUUAUUUUUCGUUUUCACAAUUUAACGUAAUUCAGAGUUAAAAACGUCGUGUUACCUAUCGCAAAAAUUGUAUGUACGAACAAAACCAAAAUCCCGACAAAUCACAAAAAUCGAAACAAAACGAAAAUAAAAUAAACAAAGCAAAAUGUUAAAGUAAAAGUACUAUAUAUGAAUCGUGAAAGCGACAGAAAGAGAAAAAAAAAGAGUGUCGACUGUGAAUUCGGUAUUACUGAGUGAGAACAAUAUUAUUAUUUUUUUGUUCGAGUUUGUGAUGUGAUAGCAGUAGUAAUAGUUGUAGAAAUAGUAAAAAAAGGAGGAAUCAAAGACUUUUGCAGUGAGACACAAAUAGAAAAUAUUUCGGUCUAGUCGACGCGAGAAAAUAGACAAAACGCAAACAAAUCCGACCGAAAAUUUCGCUUUGGUGUUGCCGCGACCAGUGACUGUAAUUCCAAUAUACUGACUGGUGUGGUGUGUGGUGUUCUUAUACAAUUAAUGAUUGCGAUAAAUUCAAGCAGAGAAAGAAAAAGUAAUCUCACCAAACAAGAAUGAAUUAGAAAAUGUGGGAAGAGAUUGCUGUCCGAUACACAAUUUAAACACACACACACACACACACACACACACACUCGAUAAAUGUCCAAUUGAAGAGAAAAAAAAAACUAAAGAGAAUCAUCAUAUGCAUUCGAUAUAGUAAAUCAUAUAACGAUUCCAGCUAAAGAUUUAGUUAUGAAAUUCAUACACGAUUUGUGCGAGUGCCGUGAAUCGAGUAAUUGAAAAUUAUUUAUGCCAAUGGCAAAACGGUGAAUGAAACUCGAGUUGAGAUUUUGGCCCACAAUAUAGCUGCAGAGUUUUCAUUUCUGAAGCAACCAUCAUCAUCCGACCACGACAAAACAUAACAACAACCAAUCAACCAACCAUCAACGACGACAACGACAACGAAAUCGUUGUGUCAGUUCAAUACAUCAACACUUUCAACUUUAUUGCCGUUAAUUCGUGCAGCUCUCUUCAAUUGCAUUCCUGAUUUUCGUUUUUUUUUCACCUUGUUUUUGGUUUUCCAUUUAAAUUGAACUGAAAUCUGGAGAAUUUGGUGGCGACAAACAUUUGCGUAAUACGCAUACUAACUCAACGAAACGAGAUAAAAUAGUGCAACGAUUUUAUGUUAUUGUGUUUCCACUAGAGUUUAAAAUAGUGAAGUGUUUUAACAAGCUGAUAUUGCAUCGCAAAUAUUAAUGGUUUAUAUGCUGCUUCAUAUGGUAAAUGGCUAAAACAAACAUGAAAACGACAAGGAAACAACGUUUGAUCGGGCUACCUGGACUGAAGGCGACAUCGUGUUUAACGGUUGUUCUACUCAUUUUCCUAGAAACUGUAUUGCUCUCAACCGUUUCGAAUUGUGCCAAAACGUUUUUUAUGCAUUGGAAUACAUCGAAUAGCAUAUUCCGAAUAGACAACACUGAUCACAUCAUAGACGUGAAUAAAGGAAAUUUAGCCUUUGAGUACGAUCAAGUGCACAUAAUAUGUCCGGUAUACGAACAGGGCACCUUCGAUAAUGAGACCGAAAAGUAUAUCAUUUAUAAUGUAUCAAAGGUUGAAUAUGAAACGUGUCGCAUUACAAAUGCGAAUCCUCGUAUUAUAGCCAUAUGCGAUAAACCGCAAAAAUUAAUGUAUUUUACAAUAACAUUUCGGCCAUUUACACCACAACCAGGUGGUUUGGAGUUCCUACCAGGAAAUGAUUACUAUUUCAUUUCAACAUCUUCGAAAGAUGAUCUGCAUAGGCGAAUAGGUGGAAGGUGUUCCACAAAUAAUAUGAAAGUCGUUUUUAAAGUCUGCUGUGCACCAGAAACUGAAACACAAAACGCUACCCAGACAUCGUUGGAUAUUGCACCCAAGACCAAUUCCACGACAACAAUAAUGGGCAAUGCUACGGGAGAACGCACUCCAUCCCUAACAAUAAACACAAGCAAUGCUGUCAAGAGCACAAUGACUUGGCUACCGCGUGAAAACGAUGGCAAUAGUGGAUAUCGUCACAGCAAUCCAAUCACAUCCACAAUAUCAGUGCAACAAUACCAUCCACAUCCGACUUCGUCUAGACCUUCAUCCAUCAACAGUGCGAUCAACAAUAGCAAAUUUAAAAAUAAUAAUAAUAACAACAACAACAACAACAACAAAAACUUCAACAAUAACAAUUUUAAUCAUAGUAACAAUGCGCCGUCCCAUAAACCAACUAAGAAAACAAGCGAGUACGAUAAGCAUCCGAAUGAGGUCGUUAAGAAUGAAGAGCUCACCUAUAACAAUAAUGCUGGAUCCAGUUUGAUGAGAGCAAAUCGGCGAUCCGCAGACAAUUAUACAUCGUUCCUAUUCAGCUGGAUGCCACAGCAAUUGUCAUUCAUUGUGUUGACUCUGUCGCUAGUGUUUUUUCUAAAUUAUACGUUUGUAAUUCAAUCGAUGUUUGUGCCGAAUUUAAUCCACAUUGUUCGGUGCAAGGUUCCUGCUGGUGCUAAUAAUAUUACUACUGAUGAAUCAGAUGCUACAGCUGAUGAUACAGUAGAUGCUGAUAAUAGUACCAAAAUGUCGUCCAAAAUGUGUCAAUUAGCAUCAAGCCAGUGCCAAUUGACGAAUGUGCCUCGGGCCGAUGUUGAUGACAGCAACGUCACAACGAAAACAUCGUGGAACGAAAAAAUAUCAAACACGGAAGAUUCACAAUUAGCGCAUGCAUCAACAAUGUUAAUACAACAACAAUGUUGCCUAGCUUCAAGGACAACUGCAACUGCAUCUGUGAAAUUAAUCGAUAAGGCAAUGCCUCCUCAACUAAUACCGCAACAGCGGUCAAUCGUUACUACUAAUUUUAAUGAUAAUACUACAACAACACCCUCACCUAAUAACAUUUUGAACAAUACGAAUACUGUUUUAAACUAUUCUAAAUCAACAUUUGUACAUAGUCACCUUUAUCGAACUUACGACGAAGCAAAAGGCACUAUCAAUUUGACAAAAAAUGCAUUCAUUGCUCUUUAUACAACAAAUAGUGAUAAUAUUAAAUUAAAUAUUAGUAGUGAUAAGUUUAGUUUAAAUAAUGACAGUUGUAUUAGGCAUAAUUCAAUUGAAUGUAGCGGCUAUUUGCAGCAGCAUCAGCAGCAACACCAUCACCAACAACGGCAACAUAGCCAGCACAGCCAGCACAAGCAGCAUUACUAUAACUUAAACAGUAUAUCUAGCGGAGAUAGAUUGGUUCAAUGCUUUCGGUGAAAAAAUCUUUCUUCAUUGAAAAUCUCUCACUGAAAUGAAGAAGCAAAAAAAAAAUUUUAAGAAAAAGUAGAAGAAGAAAAAUCACACAAACACACAAAACAGAAAACAGUGUAUUCUCUCGUAUAUGCACGAUUUUAUCGUACUUAUUUAAUUACAUUAUUUAAUGAACAGAAGAAUAUGGAUUUAAACAAAAGGCAGCUUACAAAUUGGAAUCGAUCGUUGAAUUGAGCCCAGACACAAUUGUAAACAGUUAACGCGAAAUACGCAUUGACAAAAAAAAAACCGAAGCAUUCUCAUCACUUUUUCAUAAAAAUGCGUUUGAACAAUGCAUGACAAGUCGAUGUCAAUUUUGAUAUCAAACACAUUUCCAACACAAACUUGGUUCGAUUUUUGAUGAAAAGCUGGAUUUUUCAUUACAAAAUUCAUAUUAACAAGCAGAAUAUGUGAUUUAUCACAUGCACACAUAUUCAUUUUAAUCAUUCUAAUCCAAGAAUACUUGGACAUGAAACUCUUGGCCCAAUUCAAAUUUAUUCAUUGCACUUACGCAAAUUUAUUCCAUUCAAUAAAUAAAUUACAGCAACAUGCAUCUUGUAAUUUUGUAAAUAAUUCUAAAAAUUGACAGAAAACCAUGUGUCUACAGUGUGUGUAUCGCGUAUUCGGUUCGCUCGAAUAAUAUAUAUAUAUAUAUAUAUGUAUUGUUAUGUGAUGAAAUUCGAUAGUAUUAUAUGAUUGUUCCAAAUGAACAUAUGAAAAAGACUAGAGAAAAAAACGAACGGAACAAAUCCGAUUGGUAAUUUCAAAGUGUUCAUCUGAAUAUUGAAUCUAAAAUAAGGCUCUUCGCGAACAAAAAAAGUACUGUCCAAAUUGAUUUUUUUUUGUUCAAUUUUAUUUUAUUGGAAGUUUCUCUGUGGAUCCAUCAUUUUUUGUUUGAUCUUCUAAUGCUCAGCAACGAGAGAAUAUCACAUUAAAAAAUGGUAUUAAAUCGUUCGUUGUUUAUUCUCUUGAAUUUAUAUUUAAAUAUUAUCAGUUUUUUUUAUCAUCAUUUUUUAUUUUUCAAAUUGGGAGAGACAUUUGCAGUUAAUAAAGUUAAUGAAAUUUCACAGAAAUGUCAAUAGUUUUCAGUUAAUAAUAAAGUAUCUGUGAAACCGCACAAAUACAAACAUUACAAAACAAAAGAGGAAUUUCUGGAUAAGAUGUUGAAAUAAAAAAAAAAAACAAAACGGUCAGGUUAUUGUACAUUUUAUUCGAACAGAUUUUAGAUUAUUCGAGUUUUAUAAUGAGAUUUAUGAACUACAUCACUAAAAAUGCCAUUUAAGAAAAGAGAGAAAGAGAGAAAUCACGGUGAAAUAAGGAGAUAUUCAAACGAAUUAUAGAAAUUAUUUUUCUUUCCAUCAUAAGGCAUAUUUUGUAAAAUGUAUUUUUUUUUAAUUUCGAACGUUCUUUUCUUCUCAAGAUUAUCACGCAUAUAACAAUCUAUCCAUUCACAUUGAAUUGCCAUAGUCCAAUACAAUUUUACUUUAAGACAACCGAAUUGCUAAUCGUCGUAACAUCGCAUUUCCUAUGAUUUGCACGCUUCGUUUUUCUUACAAUAAAUUUAUUUAAGUUAGACAUUUACAAAGUCCAUGACCAUAAUUGAAUUCUUUUUUGUUCAAUAAUCCAUUCAAUACAAAAAAAUACACAAAUAUGCAUCGUAAUAUCGAUAAAGAAAGUGAAAACAAUAUAAAUUAGAUAACUAGCAAGGAAAGCGACAUAGUUUUACUGAAAUAGGUUUAAAAGGCAAUCAACAAUGAAAAAACCGGCAGCAAUAAAUUUAUCAAUUGAAAAGCAUUUGAUAUGAUUAUAAUCUAUGCAACAUCAUUUAUAACACUCAGACACAGUCUCUCUAUCUCUCACCCACAUUCAAACACACUAUUCCCAAAUUCAUUAUGUUUCAAAUCAUCAUUUCCUUAUUGUUUUUUUUUUUAUUUAAAUUAAAAGUGUGUUAGUUUCGCGCAAUGUGGAUUCGAACGAAUUUCUUCAAAUGAUAUAUUUCACCAGUUUUAUCAUUAGAAAACAUGCAAUGGUUAAAAAUUGAAUUCAUUAUUUAAUUAAAACCGAAAAUUAACGACUGAAAAAUAAUCUGUAUUUCAAAAUAGUUUUAGUAAAGUUUUUUUUUGGCAAUGAAAAAAUGUUUUAAAUAAAUAAUGAGCAUAAACGAUUUGGUCUUACCAUGCGCUGUGCAUAGGAAUAGAAUCGAACAUAUAUAUCGAAACCAAUCGAAAUUACCCAAUCGAUCGAAAGAAAAAGAGAGAAAAAAAACAUAACCAUUUCAAGCUGCAACAAAUAUGUGAAGAAAAAACAAUCGUUGAAAGGAAUUUCGCACGAAUUUAAAAUGAUUUAGUGUCCUGGUGAAAAUAUUAUAAAUAUGUUAGAGAAUGUUACAAAAAACAUGUCAUUUUUUAUGCGUUUGAAAUUCACAUUUAAAAUUCUAUAAUCCCAAUAUGUUAGCCAUUGAAAAUAACUUAUUUGUGAAAAAAAUAACCAAUAACGGAAUUAAUUGUCAGUUUUCCAUUUGAUUAAAAAGACUAUGUGUUUGAUCUGAGUAGUUACUUUGAAAUUUGUGCCACAUUAUUUCUCUAUAUCAUGAGCAAAACAAUUUUCCAUUUAUGGUAUAUUUUGAAAAGUGAUAUAGAUUUGAAUGAUAAGACGUGAUGAAAUUUUUUUUGAAGACUUAAACAGAAAAAAAUCGAUUCGAUUGCAUGAGGGAAGUAAAAUAAAAUGAAACCAUCAAAAUUGAAAGGCUAUAUUCCCGAAAUAUUGUUCAAAGCAAAUCUAAAAUUCAAAAAAAAUAAGGGAAACACAAAAAUAUGUAUGUAACGUCCUACCUAUACAUUAAAUUUCUAUUUCUAUUGUGUCUAAUUUUCGUUUUCCUCGAUUGUUGUGGCUCGAUUUUUGUUUGAAAUACAGAUUAGUUUGUUUUGUCUAUAAUUAGAACAUGAACAUUGAACACAUACUCAUAAUUACUAUCACAAAAUGUAUUCGACAAAACAUAACCUCCCCUCCCCCCCAAUUUUUACUGAUUUUAUUGGAGAAACAAUGUAGAUUGUAAGAGAUAAGUAAGUUUCCCCCCAUGAAUCAUAAAAAGGAUGUGGUAAACAUGAUAAAAUGAUGAAGGGCGGUUGGAAAAUCAAGUUCUAGGAUAACAAAAGAAAAGAAAUGAAAAAAUUGAUGAUGAUGACUAAAAUGGUGGAAAAGCUACGUAUAGGAAUAUACUGUAAUACUGUAAAUUAUGAAAAGUGAGAGAACACUAAAUGAAAAUGCAUUAUAUUUGAAACACAAGUAAUUUAAACAUAACCAUAUGUAGAAUUAUUGAAACAAAAAAAAAAACAAGCAGAAAGAAAAAAAACAUGCUAAAACUAAAUAAUCCGUGACGAUGGGUGAAAAUUGUAUGAAAUUUUAAAUGGCAAAUAUUAAAAUUUACAGAAUGAAAGAAAAAUCUAUUCCCUGUUGAACGGAUGAUCAAAAAGUCGGUAUGUUCUGAUUUCCUGAUAUAAACUGCCACACAUAUUUUUUUUUUUUUUUUGUUAACACUCACCCUUUAUCACAUUCUUUUUAUUUUAAAUUUUAGUCGGUAAUUAUGUAAAUCAUUUAUAAUUAAGUUUUCUAAUAGUAAUCAUAAUAUGACAGGAGAAUGAUGAACGAAUUAUUAAAAAAAAACACACACACACACCAUACUGCAUUAUGCAUUAACUAAAUUAUAAAAACCUA